GGCUCAAUUCGGUUUCACUUGUUUUGACUUGAAACGAAAUGUCAACAAAUAACGUUCUUCUGUUUUAAGCAAGAUUUUAAACAAUGGACAUCUAUUCAAGACCAAGAGGGCGUGACACCAACCUACGCCCACGUCCGGUGACUGCCACCGUGACAAAGCCAAGCUGGAUGCGACCCGAAGCCAUCGUGGGUCCGAGAUCUAGGUCAGUGGAGUCGCUUGGAUCCACUGCAUCCCUCACCUCUGUACUGGACCAUGAUAGCUACAUCAGUGUCAGUGAUGAUGAAGAGCGUUACUAUGAUGACUCAUCACCCACUGAUCCAAAUAAGCUUGGGGGCAAGGAAAACCAGGAACCAAUAAAAAACAAGCAGGAAAUACACAAUAAUACCUUUGUGAAAGAGAAAAAAGUGGGCAAGAAAAAGAUAGUCAGAAAAUAUGUGGAGUCUUCGUACACAGAUGACACUGCAACAGAAUCUCCUGAACCUGGCUUGUCACCAUGGGAACAGUGGCUCAUACAGAAGGUAAAGGAUGAUCGACAAAAGAGGCGGGAAGAACGGAGGAAGAAAAAGGAAAUAGCACAAAAAAAGAAGGAAGAAGAGGCAGUAAAGCAGAAGAAAUUGCAGCAGGCAGAAGUGAUCAGAAAGGAAUGGGUGGAAAAAAAGAAUUUCGAAGAAAAACUGAAAAAGAAGGUAGAAAAGCAAAGGGAAAAGACAGAUGUGAUGAUUAAAGAGGAGCAGAAAAAAUUGGAGCAGGUGAAGGCAGAGAGGAAGUUUCAGGAGUGGAAGGAGAUGAAGGCUGAGGAAGAGAAAAGGAAAAAACAAGAGGACAAAAGAAAGAAGGAGGAAGAAGAGAGGGUGCAGAAGCAGCAGAGAGUUCAGGCACAGAAGAAAUUUGAAGAAUGGUGUAAAAAGGCAGACUCAAGACCAAAGCCACUGCCGAACAGUUUUGGAUACACGUCUGGGAAAUUGACAGGUUACCACGACACCAGUGCAUACCCAGUUCCCUCGUUCUACAACCCGAUGCCCUGGCAGCCCAUACACAUCCCCAGACCUGCGUCUGAGAAGAAGACAAAACGCAGAGUGAAAUCGAAACCCAAAUAUGCGUGGAACCCAGAAAAAUACAGAUAACAGGCGCAGUGAUUAUCAAAUCAACACAAUAUAUGGAAGUUUAAUGUACCUAUUCAAUAUUGAGAAAAAUAGUAUUUUUGCAUUGAAUGAAGAUAUGUACUAUACAUGUAGCUUCCCCCCCCCAUUAGUUUGUAACAGGAAUUUCUUGUAUCCUUACAACUCAAUAAAUUAAAAUAUAAUGUUAACACAAGAGAGGGACAAUUGUUUAAUGACAUAGCAACAAUUGCAUGUGUAUGUUUGGGUUGAUGUAUUUAGGUAUUCACUUAGUGAAAUCUUGAUAUGUUUAAAAGUUUUGGACUACCAGAAUAAAUUUUGUAUAAAUCUUGUAUUUUAAGACAAGUAGUAUGAAUAUUGAGAUAGCGGCAUUUGAUAUUUUGAAUACAUGGAAAUAUUGAAUAGGUGAACUAGUACCGGUAUUUCAUAGCUGCGAUAAUGGUGAUGUUGUUUUAAUUAAGCAUUGAGUAUUAAAUUGCUGUAUAAUGUGAAGAUUUCUUUAUCAAAAAUAAUUGUUAAAGUCUCUUUAACGCUUAAAAUCAACUAAAAUUUCGUUAAGUAUUUCUUAAAAUAAAGUUAACUCCUAAACAAUUAGUGUUCCUUAUAGCAAUAGCCACAAUUUCAAUGCUAGAUGUGGUAUGAUAAGAUAGAUUUUUGUAGAUAUAAAAUGCUCGUUUCUAUUUAUUUGUGACUUCAAUAUAUUCCAUUUUGAAUUCCCGUAAAUAUAUCUAUUAAUGUGACACUCGAACACCAUGUUAGUGUUCAUGUGUCGUAUGAAUAGAUAUUGUUGCGGGAAUUUAAAAUGGAAAAACAACCAGCAUUUUGUAUCUACAAACAUUUAUUUUACCAGACCACAUCUGGCCUUGAAAUUUCUGCAAUUGUCAUAAGGAACACUGAUUUAAAUUGGUUAAGUUUAUUUUACGAAAUAUUGUACGAAAUUUUUGUUGAUUUUGAAUAGUAAUGUUACUUUAAAGGCUUGAUUCUUGAAAAUUGGUGAGCACUAUGCUUAACAAGAAAGUAUAUAUUUCAUGUGGAAAGGCAUUUACUAUUUUUCUUUGUUGCUUUGUUUUAUUUGUGUCUGUAAGGGAUUUCUUAACAGAAGAAAGAAAAACUUUAAAAACAUCAGUGAGUCCUUCUGAUAGGGUUCUUAUUUUCCCUGAUUUCAGAAAAAUCUUUUUUUAUGCCCCCGGAUCAAUAGAUCGGGGGUAUAUUGUUUUUGGCUUGUCUGUCUGUCUGUCAUUCUGUCCCAAAACUUUAACCUUACAGUAAAGUUUUGCAAUAACUUUUGAAAUAUUGAACAUAGCCUUGAUAUUUGGCAUGCAUGUGUAUCUCAUGGAGAUGCACAUUUUGAGUGGUGAAAGGUCAAGGUCAUCCUUCAAGGUCAAAGGUCAAAAAUUUAAAACUUUAAUAUAGUAAAGUUUUGCAAUAACUUUUGAAAUAUUGAACAUAGCAACUUGAUAUUUGGCAUGCAUGUGUAUCUCAUGGAGCUGCACAUUUUGAGUGGUGAAAGGUCAAGGUCAUUCUUCAAGGUCAAAGGUCAAAAAUUUAAAAAUUUAAUAUAUUAAAGUUUUGCAAUAACUUUUGAAAUAUUGAACAUAGGAACUUUAUAUUUUUCAUGCACGUGUAUCUCAUGGAGCUGCACAUUUUGAGUGGUGAAAGGUCGAGGUUAAGGUCAUUCUUCAAGGUCAAAGGUAAAAAAUAAAAAAAGUUAAUAUAGUCAAGUUUUGCAAUAACUUUUGAAAUAUUGAACAUAGAAACUUGAUAUUUGGCAUGCAUGUGUAUCUCACGGAGCUGCACAUUUUGAGUGGUGAAAGGUCAAGGUCAUCCUUCAAGUUCAAAGGUCAAAAAUUUUAAACUUUAAUAUAGUAAAGUUUUGCAACAACUUUUGAAAUAUUGAACAUAGCAACUUGAUAUUUGGCAUGCAUGUGUAUCUCAUGGAGCUGCAUAUUUUGAGUGGUGAAAGGUCAAGGUCAUCCCUCAAGGUCAAAGGUCCAAAAUUUAAAACUUUAAUAUAGUAAAGUUUCGCAAUACCUUUUGAAAUAUUGAACAUAGCAACUUGAUAUUUGGCAGCAUGUGUAUCUCAUGGAGCUGCACAUUUUGAGUGGUGAAAGGUCAAGAUCAAGGUCAUCCUUUAAGGUCAAAGGUAAAAAAAAGCGGUGCAUUAGGGGGCAUUGUGUUUCUGACAAACACAUCUCUUGUUUUGGUUAAGCAAAUUUGAGAUCUUAAUUUUGAUGAAAAUUGUGUGCUUUCAGAGUGUUCACACAAUGGCAUAAUACUUAACCUCUAAAUCAAGUUUAACUGUAACAUUUUCAUUUUAAAAAACAAGCUCAAUGCAUGUGCGUUAAGUGUAUAUCCAAAUUAGCCCAUAGAAGGUUAUCAGGGUCGACACUGUCUGGUUUAUGUAAUUUUUAUGCCCCACCUUCAAAGAAGAGGGGGUAUAUUGUUUUGCACAUGUCCGUCGGUCGGUAGGUUGGUUGGUCCAUCCACCAGAUGGUUUCCGGAUGAUAACUCAAGAACGCUUAGGCCUAGGAUCAUGAAACUCCAUAGGUACAUUGAUCAUGACUGGCAGAUGACCCCUAUUGAUAUUCAGGUCACUAGGUUAAAAGUCAAGGUCACAGUGACUCGAAAUAGUAAAAUGGUUUCCGGAUGAUAAAUCAAGAAUGCUUAUGCCUAGGAUCAUGAAACUUCAUAGGUACAUUGAUCAUGACCGGCAGAUGACCCCUAUUGAUUUUCAGGUCACUAGGUCAAAGGUCAAGGUAACAGUGACUUGAAACAGUAAAAGGGUUUCCGGAUGAUGACUCAAGAAUGCUUAGGCCUAGGAUCAUGAAACUUCAUAGGAACAUUGAUCAUGACUCGCAGAUGACUCCUAUUGAUUGUCAGGUUACUAGGUCAAAGGUCAAUGUCACAGUGACUCGAAACAGUAAAAUGGUUUCCUGAUGAUAACUCAAGAAUAAUAGUCCUAGGAUCAUGAAACUUCAUAGGUACAUUGAUUAUGACUGGCAGAUGACCCCUAUUGAUUUUCAGGUCACAAUGUCAAAGGUCAAGGUCACAGUGACAAAAAAUGUAUUCACACAAUGACUGCCACUACAACUGACAGCCCAUAUGGGGGGGCAUGCAUGUUUUACAAACAGCCCUUGUUUGUUUUUGUUAUUGUCUAUGCAGGAAGUAUGUCCUGUGGCUUACCCAUGCAAACUGCACAGGCUAAUCUAGACUAUAUCUUACACACAGAGUAAGACCUGUUUUCCUAAACUCAUUUGUAAUGCUCUUUAAUUGGUCUAGGUUUAACAAAUAUUAGGCAACAGUAUAAAGCCUUUCAAUUCUGCAAGCUGUAUUUUUCUGUAAAUAUAAUAGCGCACUUUUUGUUAGGCCUUUUUUCAUAGGGAAUAAAAUUCAACUGAACAUGCUAUUCCAAAUAUCUAUUUCAGAUAGUUAGGGGCGAGAUUUACUACCUUAAUAUUAGCUAACUUUGUAAACUUAUUAGCCCUAGAUUUUAAGGAGAUAUACAUGUUGGAAGUUAUGAAAGUUCAGAAAAUUUUACUGCUGAAGAUAGAAUAAUCUUCAAUGAAACUCAUUAAGCCUCUGAAAGUUGUUAUGGUUAGUAAAUUAACUUGUGUAAGAUAUUCAAAUUGAAAAAAAUAACUAGUAUAAUUGUUUCAUCAAUAUUUAAUGGCUAUUUGUGUUAAUUAUCUUGAUUGCAACUUUAGCAAAGCUUGGAUUUUUGUUUUGACUACUAGUGUUCAAUGGUACAAAGUUGGGACUUUAAUUAUCUGUCAUAUUUUGCAAUGUAAUAUUAUACUUUUAUUGAUGUUUUAAGAUCUGAUAUUUGAGUGUUUUAAUACAUUUUUUUCUUAAUUAUUUUCUUAGAUUGUAUUAUAUAUAUUUUUGUAAGCAGUAGCAAUAAAUAUGCGUGUGUGUUUUUAGAUACUUUAUAAAAUAAUUUGCGUCUGGACUAGGAUGUCAAAAAACAGAUUUUUGGUAUCUUAUGGGAAAAUAGGUCUAAAACCAUAUGCGGUAAGAUGAAGCUCAAAACAGCUUACCGGUAGGUCUAGCAUCAUAUGCGGUAAGUGAAGCUCAAAAUCAGCCUAGGUCUAACACUGUAUGCGGUAAGUGAAGCUCAAAAUCAGCCUAGGUCAAACACUGUAUGCGGUUAUUGAAGCUCAUGAUCAGCCUAAUUCUAACACUGUAUGCGGUAAGUGAAGCUCAAAAUCAGUCUAGGUCUAACACUGUAUGCGGUAAGUGAAGCUCAAAAUCAGCCUAGGUCAAACACUGUAUGCGGUUAUUGAAGCUCAUGAUCAGCCUAAUUCUAACACUGUAUGCGGUAAGUGAAGCUCAAAAUCAGUCUAGGUCUAACACUGUAUGCGGUAAGUGAAGCUCAAAAUCAGUCUAGGUCUAACACUGUAUGCGGUUAUUGAAGCUCAUGAUCAGCCUAGGUCUAACACUGUAUGCGGUAAGUGAAGCUCAAAAUCAGCCUAGGUCUAACACUGUAUGCGGUAAGUAAAACUCAAAAUCAGCCUAGGUCAAACACUGUAUGCGGUUAUUGAAGCUCAUGAUCAGCCUAGGUCUAACACUGUAUGCGGUAAGUGAAGCUCAAAAUCAGUCUAGGUCUAACACUAUGCGGUAAGUGAAGCUCAAAAUCAGCCUAGGUCUAGCAUCAUAUGCGGUAAGUGAAGCUCAUGAUCAACCUGCCUUUUUGCGCAUUCUGAUCUAGAGCUACCCUGUCCACUUAUGAGACACCACAAAAGGGCAAUAAGACAGAACAAAUCACAGAUUUCAUGUCUCCUGGGCUGCUAUAUACAAAGCUUUCCAAGGAAUCUCAACUUAAGUUGUAUCUCAGUGAAAACUUCAGACGCCAAUUUUUUUUGUUACAUACAAUUAUCCUGUUUAGCAAUAUUAACUUGUUUAAAACAUUUUCUUGUUUCAAAUACCUCAACACGAAAUUUCCUAAGACUUUUAUUAAUUAAAAGAAGUUCAUUGCAUUAUCCUUUGAUGUUUUGUGAAUAUGGAACUAGGUAGAUUAUUUCGUGUUUUUAAUUUUGAUAUGUUUUAUAUUUCUUACCUUAUCCUAAAUUAUGCCUGCACAAUCUUGCAAAGAACUUAGAUAAUAACUAUGGUAUCAGGACUAGAAAACUGUUUAUGGGCAAUAAAGUUAAUGGUCAUGAAGUUUGGGAUGAAUUUUAAAAAAAAGUUGUUGCAAUUCUGUUAUAUGUGAAUUUUUUUAUUUAUUAUUACUUGCUUUUUUGAAGCACUCAGUAAUUUUGAUAAAUAAGUUGCAUGUGUUAUUAAUUAUAUUUAAUUCAAAUGUUAACAGACCUUUAGCCUUAUGUAGCAUCAUGGGGCUAAUUGCAUAUUUAAUAUCAUGACAACAUUAAUUUCUUUGAUUUAUUUUAUGCUUUCUGGUGGUUUAUGGAGAAAUAUCAGUGAAUUAUAACUGAUAAUUUCACUGUUUCAAACAGUGAAAAUUAUCAGUGAAAAUUAUCGAUAAUUUUCAUUGUUUACUGUGAAAUGAUGUCAUUUUUUGACGAAAUGACGUCAUUAUCACAGCAAAAUUCUUUAGUUAAAGUCUUUAACAAUAUAUAUAAGCUGUGAAAAAAAAGCAUAAAAAAAAAAAAAAUUGUUGGAUUUGGUGGAUUAUCGAUUUUAAUUCACUCGUGAUCAUAGAAAAUAUAUAUUACCACUCGUGGCUGCGCCACUCGUGAAAAUAUCAUUUUCUAUGAUCACUCGUAAAUUAAAAUCGAUAAUCCACCGAAUCUAACAAAUAUCCUCUAUGUAAUUGUUUUGAUAUGAUUGCAAAGCGAAUUUGUUUACGUUCUUUUUUUUUUUUUCAAAAAUAUUUUAAUAUGAUGUCAUUUCAGUAUUUGUCUUUUUGAACGCAUUGAAAUCAGUUUUUUUCAGCUUAUUUACAGAGGUACAAUUACAAUGAUCAAAUUGAACGGGUUAUAUAGGAAAUUCAAACUUAGGAAAUGCAAGUGAAUAUUCUUUUGACAGUGAAAAGUUUUUGUUGAGUUCCGAGUAAAGUGUAUUGCAAUAGAGAUCCCAUGCAAAUAAGUUGUUAAUAUUGUAAUAAUUGAACAUGAAACAAAACCAAUGCUGAGUAGAUCUAUUCUUUGAGUUGUGCUCUGUGAAAACUGGGCUUAAUGAAUUGGCGUAAAUUAUAAUCCCACACUAUUCUGAGAAGUCAGCACAGGCUUUUCAGCUUGUUUUAUUUAUGGAUUUUUUUUUCAUUUAAAUAAAGUUACAUAUAAAAGAAAAUCCAGUCCAUGUAGGAAGGUGUGGUCACUGCUGACUGCACAGGCUAAUCUGAGAUAAUACUUUACACACAUGCAUUUAGCCCAGCGCAAAAAGUUUGUUUUGCCAACUGUUUAUGUCCAUCAAUGCUGUGUUUCUGCUGGUACAUCUUAGAUGGUUUUACUCCUGUAUGUCCAUCAAUGCUGUGUUUCUGCUGGUACAUCUGAGAUGGUUUUACUCCUGUAUGUCCAUCAAUGCUGUGUUUCUGCUGGUACAUCUGAGAUGGUUUUACUCCUGUAUGUCCAUCAAUGCUGUGUUUUUGCUGGUACAUCUGAGAUGGUUUUACUCCUGUAUGUCCAUCAAUGCUGUGUUUCUGCUGGUACAUCUGAGAUGGUUUUACUCCUGUAUGUCCAUCAAUGCUGUGUUUCUGCUGGUACAUCUGAGAUGGUUUUACUCCUGUAUGUCCAUCAAUGUUGUGUUUCUGCUGGUACAUCUGAGAUGGUUUUACUCCUGUAUGUCCAUCAAUGCUGUGUUUCUGCUGGUACAUCUGAGAUGGUUUUACUCCUGUAUGUCCAUCAAUGCUGUGUUUCUGCUGGUACAUCUGAGAUGGUUUUACUCCUGUAUGUCCAUCAAUGCUGUGUUUUUUGCUGGUACAUCUGAGAUGGUUUUACUCCUGUAUGUCCAUCAAUGCUGUGUUUCUGCUGGUACAUCUGAGAUGGUUUUACUCCUGUAUGUCCAUCAAUGCUGUGUUUCUGCUGGUACAUCUGAGAUGGUUUUACUCCUGUAUGUCCAUCAAUGCUGUGUUUCUGCUGGUACAUCUUAGAUGGUUUUACUCCUGUAAAUAACUGAGUCUGUAUAAGAGUUAGCUUUAGAAAAUAGCUUUCUGCUUACAGGCCGCAUGCAUUUCUAGCUUUGCAUGGUUUUUUAACUGCUUUAGGCUAUGGGCCAUGACUAAAAGUUCUACAACUGAAUUUUUUUUUGAAAGACUUGUUAAAAAACAUGCAUUACAGGCCAAAAGUAUCUGCCAAAAUUGGCAAGUCUCAUCUUUUACCAGCCUUGAUAAUAUAUUCAGAUACAUGCUUUUAAAAACAGUGGUUGAACCUUUGAUAUCUUUAUAAACAUUUAUUAUGCCCCCUUUCGAAGAAGAGGGGGUAUAUUGCUUUGCACAUGUCAGUCGGUCAGUCUGUCGGUCCAUCCACCAGGUGGUUUCCGAUGAUAACUCAAGAACGCUUAGGCCUAGGAUCAUGAAACUUCAUAGGUACAUUGAUUAUGACUCGCAGAUGACCCCUAUUGAUUUUCAGGUCACUAGGUCAAAGGUCAAGGUCACGGUGACCCGAAAUAGUAAAAUGGGUUCCGGAUGAUAACUCAAGAACGCUUAUGGCUACGAUCAUGAAACUUCAUAGGUACAUUGAUCAUCACUCGCAGAUGAUCCCUAUUGAUUUUGAGGUCACUAGGUAAAAAGUCAAGGUCAUGGUGACCUGAAAAAGUAAAAUGGUUUCCGGAUGAUAACUCAAGAAUGCUUAGGCCUAGGAUCAUGAAACUUCAUAUGUACAUUGAUUAUGACUCGCAGAUGACCCCUAUUGAUUUUCAGGUCACUAGGUCAAAGGUCAAGGUCACGGUGACCCGAAAUAGUAAAAUGGGUUCCGGAUGAUAACUCAAGAACGCUUAUUCCUAGGAUCAUGAAACUUGAUAGGUAGAUUGAUCAUGUCUUGCAGAUGACCCCUAUUGAUUUUCAGGUCAUUAGGUCAAAGGUCAAGGUCACGGUGACCCGAAAUUAGUAAAAUAGUUUCCGGAUGAUAACUCAAGAACGCUUAUUCCUAGGAUCAUGAAACUUGAUAGGUAGAUUGAUCAUGACUCGCAGUUGACCCCUAUAGAUUUUUAGGUCACUAUAUCAAAGGUCAAGGUCACGGUGACCCGAAAUAGUAAAAUGGUUUCCGGAUGAUAACUCAAGAACGCUUAUGGCUACGAUCAUGAAACUUGAUAGGUACAUUGAUCAUCACUUGCAGAUGAUCCCUAUUGAUUUUGAGGUCACUAGGUAAAAAGUCAAGGUCAUGGUGACCUGAAAAAGUAAAAUGGUUUCCGGAUGAUAACUCAAGAAUGCUUAUGCCUAGGAUCAUGAAACUUCAUAGGUACAUUGAUCAUGACUCGCAGAUGACCCCUAUUGAUUUUCAGGUCACUAUAUCAAAGGUCAAGGUCAAGGUGACCCGAAAUAGUAAAAUGGUUUCCGGAUGAUAACUGAAGAACGCUUAUGCCUAGGAUCAUAAAACUUGAUAGGUAGAUUGAUCUUGACUCGCAGAUGACCCCUGUUUAUUAUCAGGUCACUAGGUCAAAGGUCUAGGUCACGGUGACCCAAAGCAGUAAAAUGGUUUCUGGAUGAUAGCUCAAGAAUACUUAUGGCUAGGAUCAUGAAACUUCAUAGGUACAUUGAUCAUGACUCGCAGAUGACCCCUAUUGAUUAUCAGGUCACUAGGUCAAAGGUCAAGGUCACAGUGACAAUAAACAUAUUCACACAAUGGCUGUCACUACAACGGAGAGCCCAUAUGGGGGGCAUGCAUGUUUUACAAACAGCCCUUGUUGGAAUUCGUUUCUUUCUCUUCAAAUGUACAUUUAAACAGUGAGGAAUUCGGGGUGUUGUCUUCAUAUCUAGUAGGACAAAGUGUUCAUUCGAAAUCUAUAUCUAAAAGAGAAAUGGUCAACUUGCUUAUCUGUGUAAAUAUGCCAUUUCAAUGUUAAACAAUGACAUUUGUAAUUGUAAUCUGAAUAUGUACUUGUCCUUUUCCUCUUUCAGCCGAGUCUAAAAUAUUAGUUCUAGAACUCUCAAAGGCAUUGGGUGUGAUUUAUAUUCUGUGUGUUUAUUUUCCUUUUUUGGUUUACAAUUGUCUGUGAUAAAACAAUAAAUAAAAUUGUGAAUGUG